CCGCGUCGAUUGCUUUGUUUUGUACAGAGGUAGACAUGACUAGAAGAUACUUGAACCAAUGAGUGCAGUCGCGAUCGGAACCGACUUACGAUUUGACCUUUGCUUUGUAUGAACAUACUGAAGGCUAUGAUCGUUCGGUCCAGUGUCAGAUGCUGUACACCGGUCAGCCGGCAGUACCGGGUUCAUGUCGGCUGGGCAGGGCGAUGGGGGGAGGCAGCCGGUACCAACAGCUCUUCUACCCAAACCGACUCUCAUCCACGAACCAUCCACACUUCAGCCGUAUGCCAAAACAAAAACGUGCUUAAAAAGCUCAUCAACAAGUCCUUAACCAAGAAGAAGACUUGGUACGAGACUCCACCACCGAAACCUUCCCCUCUGAACCUGCCCAGCAGGAAGGACCACGAGGACAGUCACCGCUGCAAGAUCCUCAACACUAUCCUGUAUAAAGCUGUGACGGACCUGCUCACAUCAGCAGAGCUAGGCAGUGAACUGCAUACCUUCAGCCCAGAAAUAACCAAGGUUUCCCUUGCGCGAGACUUCUCCAACUGCCGUGUGUUCUGGAGAACCAGCCGAGACGCCCAGAGAGACGAGCUGAUUCAGAGAACCUUGGAGAAGAACGCAGCGCCGAUCAGGUAUCUGAUCAUGUCCCAGCAAAUUAUGGGUGGGGUUCCUCCUAUUGUGUUUCUCAGGGACAAACAGCUUGCUGCUCUUGAUGAGGUGGAUAUGCUGCUCAAACAUGCUGACUUUGGUCCGGAUCAGCCAGAAAACAGGAUAACGGUUGCAGAGGAAGCGGGUCCCGUCUCACACUCGGCUCGGCCGGCGCUGUACGGCAUCGACCACGGGCUGCUGAACAAGCAGAUCACUGACUGGUGCCAUCAGUCCAAAACGGAAGCGCACAGCCAGUCCCACGAACUUCAACAGGAGCAGCUGUUUGCUAUCGAAGAGCACAAGAGACAACAGAUCAUCAGGAAGAGGAAGAGGAAGGCGCGGCCACGGGACGAUGACAUCUCUCCCCGGGACUUCCUACUGGCUCAGCAAGACAUGGCCACGCCCCGAGGGCGGGGUCAGAAACCAAAAGAGGAGGAGCCAGAGGAGAGCAGCGCCUUCAGGGAGGAGGAGGCCCAUCUACGAGAACUCUCUUCCCUGGAGGAAAACAAGAGCUCAUAACAGACGAAUCACAGCCCAGCGACGUUUCAAGUCGUAUAGACCUCUGAAGAAUAAGUCCCGCCUCCGAGGCUCCGGUUCCCUCGGUCAAAUGUCUAUUGGACUUAUUCUUCAGAGGUCUGAUGGUAAAAAAGAUGAACUGCAAUAGUAUGUUUGAAUGCAUUUGCCUUAUGGUUAAAUAAACAAUGAGUGUUGUAAGUUAUCGUCAUGGGAUCACUAUUGUGGCUGUAAAGGGCUUCCAGUUUUAGUAAGAAUAAUUGCGAUGCGUACCGCAUUAUCACACUUUAAUGCACAGGCUUUGAUUGGUCUAGCAACAUUUUGAAUCUCAUUGGCCAUGGAUGGCAAAAUAUAGAUUUGUAUUAUUCUUAUAACUUGUGUUUUGUCGAUCAUCUGACAUAAUGCACAGGUAUUUAAGUGAAAGUGUGAGGAUAGCCAAAUGGUUGGCCCUGCUUCUUAUAUCAGAAUAGUGGGUGGGGUCUAGCUCAAACAAGGUGUUUGAGCACCUUUUAAAGGUUGUACUCAUGGAUGUUUAAUUUAAAACAGAAAACAGCCGAUGAUGGGGGAAACAAAGAUACUCAAUGUGAAAAUUUCAGUUUUAUUUUUCAAAGUAAAAAAAAAUAUCAAGUUGCAUUUGACAGCAAUUAUAUAUGUGUUUUGUAGCUUGUUACUAAAGAGUGAGACUGACCGAUUUGUUGUGAUGUGCAAUGUAUUACCAUUUAAGUCCUGCAGAUUUUGAUGUGAUCAAAGAGACAGCAUGAAACAAAAGUGCAACAAGAGAGAACAGAACAAUAGAUUAACUCCUUAAAAACAACACACCACACUACAGCCCCGUUAAAAUACUAGACCAUGCGCUUCACUUCAGAAACAACCAAAAGCGUCAACAGUGUUGAGCCUACAGCAGAAAAGCACUAACUGUACGCUUACGCUUACUGUAGACUCUGGUGGUUUAAAAACAUAAAAAGCCAGCGUCCUGUGGCACAAAUGACUGGAUGUACUGGUAGUGUUUUUUUGGUAGAGUCCAAUCUAGUCCUGCCUUCCUUCCACAGUGUGCAGAGACACAGAAGAAAAAGGUGUCAAUAAUCCAAGUCUAUGAUCAGGAAAGCAAUGUGUGUGGUUUUUAUUGUGAAUUUGGACAGCAUUCUUCCUUCAAAUUAAUUGUGUGCUUCUAACGUUUAAGUUAGUUUAGUGAGCAACCUUUCCCUGCUAGGUUAGGUAAGGUUAACCUAUGCGGCAUUAAUGUUCCACCUCCAAAUAGGAGAAUCCAGCAUCACUGUUUAAACUGGCCUACUUUUGGCCUACUUGUGUACCAACCAAUCAGCGUCCGUUAUUAUCAGCCACACCCCCAAUUAAAACCCAAAAGUUUUGUCCUACUUUUCUAGAACAAUGCCCAACUUCAGCUCAUAGACAUGUGACGGAAGCCAACAUAGCCGACUUCCAUUGUUGCCCGGGUGGACUGAGCCCACCCUUCAGUUUGAUUGGCCUAUGGUCCUUGUCCCUCCCCCAAGAGAUUUAUUUUGUUGUUUGGUUUGCUGUUUUUCGCUCAAAUGUUUCUCUUCACAUAUACAAUUCCCUCAUCAUCCUUUACCCAAUGUAAAAUGUAGAAUGGUGUAUACCGUAAUAUAUAUUGUGAGGAGAUAACCAAAAUAGUGA